AUGGAGACCAUUGUUGAGGUCUCUCGGGGGAUCUCAGCCCUUCAAAGCCUCUUGGAAGAGAAUCCAGCUACCUUUCUCACUCAUGGCAAGGAAAUCAAGAGAUUAUACAAAUCGUUCAAAGCUUUAAUACGGAGUUCUGAUGAACUUGCUCGUGUUCAGGAGGAGGCACAACACAAAGAAGCCGCUCAAAAACAGCGGGAUGAAAAAGCAGCACACAACCUGCUGAACAGCUUGUUGAGAAACAGAGAAAAUAUCGAGAAAUUCAGUAAAAAGGAUGUGGCUACAAUCAUCGACAAUGACAAUAAGGAAGACUUCCGUGUCCGAGAUGGUAAGCAAGUCGGUGCGAAAAAGACAAUGGAAAUGCGCUUUAGGGCUGGAUUAGCAGUAUCUUCCCUGGCAGAAGAUUAUCUCCAGUUCUCACAUGAAGGCGGUUAUCACUCAAAGUUGGAUGCGAUGCUGCUUGACACGAAGAAAGGAGCAACCUAUCAAGCAUACGCUAACGAAUGUGCUGAAUUCGUUGACAAGAAGGAAGCUGCCCUACUGAUCGGGAUCGGUGUCAAGUUCAAAUUUCUCGAGAAGGUCAUUAGGGAUAAACUUCGAGAAACCUCUGUGGACGGAGAAGUUCCAAGCUCGCUCCCAUGUGCUUACGUCUGGAUAACAUUCUUUGCGUGGAGCUGGUUUAUCCGCUGUUCGUCGAGAGCCUUACAGUUGGUCGCGCAGAGUCUGAUAUCCACUGAAUGUUGGAAAAACUUAGCGGUAAGCACAAAGGCAUGGCGAGACAAGUGCUAUGAAAGCUACACCAAGCAGACGUGCGAAUUAAUUGCGUCUGAAGCGUCUACAUCGAAUGAAAGGGUGACGUCUUUCUCCGAAUCAACUACUCCGAAUGAAGAGGCGACAUCUCCUCCCGAAUUAAGUGUUUUGGAUGAAGAUGCAACGACUUCUCACUCGUCGCCGGCUUCUCCUCAGGUGCUCAACGCAGAUGAAGCAGCGACAACUGAUUACUCGCUAUCUAUGUCUUCCGAGUCACUCAGCACGAAAGAUAUGGUGGAAGAACCGGUCGUUAUACCCAGUUCUGUCCGUCCCCUAGCGCCUUCAUUGGAGGAGAUAUCCGAAAUCACCGGUAAUCAUUCGAUACCAGCUCAACCCACACCCACGAAGCGUCCACUCUCAGACGACCUUCAUACGGAUUCCCGUAAAUCUCGCAAAAUCACGAAUGCCGAUUCCGACAAUGUUGAGAAUUCCAAUGCGAUGACACCGCCAGUCAACCCUGCUCCAAACGUGGAUCCAUUUGACUCAAACAUGGAGUAUAAUGUGCUUGCAAGCAUAGCGCAAGGAGUCUCUGUUCCGACUGUAGAUUUGUCGCCACACAAUCAAGAACUCUGUAUCGACAUCUGGAAUCAUCCCACAUUAUUUGGAGUACCCCCGAGUCAUGUGGAAGGCGCAUUCAGUUCAGCUCAGAUCCAACUCACCUCUGCUGACGUCCUUAUCAAUAUUUGGGACGAUGAACCAAUCUCAGAGAGUCUUCGAGAUAGCGACGACACAGCUCCAUGCAGAUUUCCGACACAUCCAAUCGAUUCAACCAGCCAAUCCAUCAGUACUUGGGACAAUUCUACAGCUCGCACAAGUAGUCAAGGUUUCAAUCACGAAGUAUCUGAUCUUUCGAUAUACCCUGCCGCUUCAUCGCGCCUGAAUAUUGAUACUUGGGAUCAUACCAUAAUCUCAGGUUUGUCAGGUGGCCAGCACGAUACCUACCGUCCUCCCGUACCCCAAGCCAGGCCUUCGAGCACAGAGAUCGAUAAUUUAAACUGCCCAUCAUUUUUCACGAGAACGAGAGACGAUUGUAAUGACGAGUCUAGGGUUUUCCUACUUAAUUCGUCUACCGGUAUCGACCUUUAG